CUACCCUCUUGCUCUUUCACCAAAGGAAAAAAAAAUCCAACAAACCCUAUAAUGGACUCAUCCAACCCAUGGGCAAGCCAGCAGGGCAGCGGCAACGCCGGAUCUUACACACCCCACUACCAGCAAGACCAACAGCAUCAACAGCAACAGCCUACGCAACAAUACCAACCACCACAAGACCCAUGGCGAGAGGAUGAACCUCACCAGCAGCAGCAGUAUCAGCCGCCACCCCAACAGCAGUAUCCUGAGCAUCCGCAGCAACAAAGUGGAUUGGGUGGGAUAGGAGGAGCUGGCGCCGAAGUACCACCUGGAUUACCGCCUCGCCGCUCGGCGACAGAGCAGGCGCUGCCGCAAGGCCAAGAUCACAGUCACCAGGUCGAGGUCAUGCAGAGCUACGAGAUGAGUCGGGAGCAGACCGAGGAUGAGCUUAACCAAUCCAUCCUUCAACGAGAAUUCCCAAAUAUCGACUCGAGUCUCAUUGCCGCGAUUUACGGUGAUUCGGGGAGCUUGAGCGCGACGAGGGAGAUGUUGCAGGAGCUCAGCAGCGGGAAUGGCCAGUGAGGUUAGUCGGUGACUUUGUGAUGCUCGCAGCACUCAGUUGUAUAGUCUCAUAGACUACGAAUGAUAUUUGGUACACAAAUGUGUUAUUCUGCAAGUUUGUCCGCAAGAUCAUAGAUUGAAGUAGAGAAAUCUUUGUGUUGGGGAGCCGAGUUAGCGUGAGAUCUUGAGCGGUGGGCCCUGAGAUGUAACGUAAUUCUUGAUGUUCAUUCAUGCAGUGUGUUUCUACGUCCUAUUUCCAACUCGUAGAACCUUGCAUUAGCAUAUGUACAGUGUAGGGAAGUUGUGGUUGAUGCCUAGUCUCUUCGCUUUUUCUCCUUCCUCCAAAUCUCGCUUUCCUAAUCCUAGCAAUGCACCUGAUCAUUUCAGACUUCCAAUGAUUAUUACUUUCCACCAUACUUUAACCAUUGCUUGGUAGCGCUCAUGUGGAUCCCUUGUGUAACGGGACACUGACGAAGCCGGGGUUGGUAGGUGUGUCGUGCGUGCAUUGCAUUGUGUAGCAUGUGUGUAUAUGUAUGUAUGCAUUUUCACAUGCCAUAGUACAUAAGCCUCAAUAGUGUGUAUCGUAGAAAUGAACAAAGAAAAAUGGAAAUUGAGAGAAUCGCGCUUGUUGAUGUAUUGUAUGCCGGCCUCUUCACCCCCUGGCUUAUUUGGCGUACUUAGCUGCAUGUAAAUUAUAGCACUUGAGAUGAGAAAACGAUCUCUAAGUUUUUUACCCCUUUUUUUCUUCCACAACACUU